CUCCAGCUAAACCAGGCACCACUAAAGACAUUGAUCUGCACCAGCCUGACUGGAUUUCACCACGUCCUAACUUCAGACUGCAUCCACUGACGAUGUUGAUGAUGAUGAUGAUGAUGGCUUCCUUCAAGUGCAAGAUUCUGGCAUUGUUUCUCCUCUUCUCUGUGGUUCUGCAAGAGGGUUGUGGACUUCCCUUAUCAGGUCAGCCUGAGCUGCCGGCUCAGUCUCCACAUCCUCAUCAUGUCAGGGCCAAACGCUGCUCCUGCAACAGCUGGCUGGACAAAGAAUGCAUCUACUUCUGCCACCUGGAUAUUAUCUGGGUCAACACCCCUAGUAAAAUCCUCCCUUAUGGCCUGGGAAGCCCCCUGUCACGCCGCCGCCGUUCUACCAAUCGCUGUGAGUGUGCCAACCCGGCCGACAACACCUGCUCCAGCUUCUGCCUUAAAAGCUCAGAAAAUCCCGGAAUUGUUUUCGUGGCCCCUUUGGAAAAUUCUGGCAGCCUCUCCAACAAGAACAGCAACAAAUUGUUGGCUUCUCUCAGAUCUGUGAUCAAGUCCAACAUGGCAUCCGCCCAAGAAGUUCUGUCCUCCAGAAAGAAGCCGUCCAAAGCCGACAGACUGAGGAACAGAAAGAGGAGGUAGAGGAGCAGAGGGGGAGGACGAGCUCACUGCAGUGACAUUAUAUUUGACAUUUCAAGCAUUUAACUGACACUCUUAUUCAGGAUGACUCUACACA